GGCCACUUUCAUGAGUAAAUCAUAUAUGUUUUUACUAUUUCUUUUCCAUAUGGGUUGUUAAAGCAAACAUCUGACUGGCCAAUUACAUGUCAGCAACUCAAAGGAUUAAGGCAUGUAGAGAUAGUCAGAUAGCCUGCUGAAGUUCAUAAGUAGCAUCAGAAAGAAUAAUGAUGAAAGAGUGGCAUGGUUGUUGGUGUCAGACAGGCUUAACUGAUUUCAGAAACUGCUGAUCUACUUGGAUUUCCCCAUGAAACCAUCUUUAGAGUUUUUAGAGAAUUGUCUAAAGUGAGGAAAUAUCCACUUUUCUCCGGGUGACAAAAACUUGUAGAUGUCAAAGGUCAGAGACAAAUGCCCAGACUACUUCAAGCUGAUAGAAAGUUAACAGUAACUCAGUCAACCACUCAUUAUAAAAAGGCAUGAAUCCGAGCAUCUUUGAUCUCAAAACCCCUCAGACCUUGAUGCAGAUGGACUGCAGCAGCAGAACCCACACCUGUUGCCACUCCUCUCAGCUAACAACAGGAAGCUACACUCACAUAGACUCACCAAAAUUGGUCAAUAGAAGAUUGAAAAAUUGCUAUUCUCCAGUGACCCUCACAGUCACCAGAUCUCAGUCCAGCAGAGGAAUUUGGUAUGUAGACAAUGAGCAGCUGACAAAUUUGUAGCAACUGUUCUAUGCUCACGUCAUAAUGGCGCAAUGCUGGACAGUAAUCAGGCAAGUGAGCAAUCUAGAUUUGUGACUGACGACGCUAAAAACUGAUUUGAAAAGCUGUAAGAGUCAAGUGAGAAGUGAAUCAACAUAAAAUAACAAAUAGAAGUGUGUGUGUGUGUGUGUGUGUGUGUGUGUGUAAAAAAAUGACAGAGAAAAGCUAAUUCUUGCUUUGAGAACUGCAUCAAGAGUAGUGAUAAUGACGUUUCUCAUGUGACAAUUGCACUCAAGUGAUUGAGAAAAAACACUCUGUCUCAUAUAAGCAGCUACCUGCUGUGACUGGUCUUUUGGAGAAAAAAAAACAAUUAAGACAGUUCAAAAUAUCAACUAGACUAAGGCUGGCUCCAGCUACUUAUCACGUGUCAGAUGAUCAUCUGACACGUCAUAGUUGGUUAUGAGUGUAAUGGUUCUUGAGAAAACUUGUAUUUUAUUAAUGAAGAAGGGACAUAGAGAAGGGACAUUGACUUCUCACAGUAAUAGCUUUUGCACUUCCUGGAAAUAUUCAUUGUGAACACACAGUAUAUUCUUAUCCCAGUUGGACUGAAUAGCAUUAUGUGUAAUUCACAACCAUGAAAUCAACUGAGAUGAAGCAGGAUGGAUGGAUGGAUGGAUAGACUGGCUGUUGAUUUUGCAUUGUACUUUCCUUUUGCUGUCAUCUAUGAAUAAACCACAAUACUACCACAGGCGCUGGUUCUCCAGCAUAGAAACAGGAUUCUACAUCAAUAGAAAAUAUAUACACACUAUCAUUUCAGUCUAGUUUUGAUAGUCACCCAAAAGACCUGGUGUGUAUCACAGUUUGAAGCCUGAUGGACACUCACUUUAUUAUUCCCAAAAGGCAGAGUGAAAAUUGUUACAUGUUUUCAGUUAUGUGUCUUGAAUUGCUUAGAUUUUUCUCUGCUGCAGAUUUCACAUCAUCAUGUAUAAUUUAGAGGAAAUACGUGAGACAGGUAUUUAAUAACAAUGCUUUGGAUAUGAAAUAAACAAACAAAAUAGUUAGAACUUGUAUUUAAAUAUUUUUGUUCUUUGUAAGUUUGCCUCUAUAUACACUCUAAAAAGUAAUUCAUCAGGCCUUUUACCACCACUUGAUUAAAUCCAUGGUUGCAAGAUAAAAAUUCAAAUUUACUGAUUAAGAUAGAUCUUCUAAGUUGCAAACUUUAUUUUUGGGGUUGUGAUGAAUUAAUAAUUUUGGUAAUUACAUCAAAUUAAUUUUGUAUGUAAUAUGAAAUUAAAUCCCAAUAUUAAUGUGUCCAAAACAAAAUUCAAGUUGCAAUUACUCAAAGAAAUUGAAUAGAUAACUUAUUUUUUCUCCAUUGUAACUUCUGAUUUCAAGUUCCCUCCCCUACUCACUUAACGUGCCCGGGCAAAUUCACAUAUUAAGACUGUGCUUGCAUGGCGGACUUGCAAGCUUAUGUAAAAGAAAUUUCAAGGUAAGUAACAUUUAAUUUACAAAUAACAGUUCUACUAAAGCAAAGGAUUUGUGCUAGUCACAUUGGUGGAUUUGUGUGUGAUGUUAUGCUGAUACACUUGAGGAAAUAUUUUGCACUACCACAUGUAGCUAAUGCUAGCCAUUCUAAACUUUAGCACAGGAGUGGUUAAGACUUAUAAAGUUUCAUUUGACAAAAGUCUUUAGCUAGAUAGUGUUGCUGUAGCUAGGAAAAGCAUGGUUGAAGUUUUGCUACACAAUGCAAUCUAAUUUUGAUCAGAAAUUGUGACUUUUUUUAGGCUGACUUUUUUUAAAAAUUGGAAGCCUUUAAGCUGUGAAUAACUUUGUCAGAGGGAUAACCAUAUAAACCUUUUUUUUCUGUCUGGCUCACUUAUUUUAUGUCUUUAUAAAACUUGCAUAACGAGACGCCUUAAAUAAUAUUACAUUUUAUUGUGGUUACUAUUGUGAUACAGCUUAAAGUAAGUAUUGUUCUUGAUCUUUAAAGUUGUAUCUAGCUUUAUUACUUUUUCUAACACAGGUUGUGUGAAAUAUUGUUAAUGUGAUUCCGACAGCAUCAUUCUGGCAUAGGUUAUGUAAACCUACUUGACAUUAAGACUUUACGUAAGCAGUUUGUACAUAGUAUGAUUAUCUAGGGUCAUUAGUAGUUUGUUAAGUUAGUACACAUUUUUACAAAAUGGGCUGGGUGUGCAAAUUGUGUAAAUUUGUAACCACUACAAAAACAGGGCUGCUAAAACAUUAUAGAUUACGCCAUAGUUAUGGAGGGGGAUGUCUCCCAUGUCCUCACCAAGAUUGUUUUUGUUCCUUCAAAACUUGGGGUAGCCUUAGAUCACAUCUAUCAAGAAAUCACUCUCAGGAAACUCAGGAACGAGUCAGAUCUGCAGAAACUCUGUCUUUCACUUGCCAGAGUUGUAGCACCAGUGCAAUCUCCACAGAAAAACUGUUUUUCGAGCACCUUGGUCGACAUUUGAAAAAACACGAAACGGUCAUUUGUGUAUUUAAAAACUGCAAUUUCAGCACUAAUGUUUAUGGAACAUUUGCCUCCCACAGAAGCCGAAGGCAUACUCCUCAUUCACUGCAAGACUUCAAGGAAAACCUGUUAAAAAGGUAUGUGUGUUAUUCAAAUACAGAAGAUUGUAGUAAUAUGGAUGUUCAGGAUGAGGAAUUAUCGAUUACCAAUGAUGGUCAAGGUAACGAUGAUGAUGUGAGAGAUCUACCAAAUAUCAUUGAAAAAAACAUGGCAUUGUUGUUUCUAAAACUGGAGAGCAAAUUUAAUGUAUCUAACAAGUGUAUUGAUGAGAUUAUUGAGGAAUUACACUUUAUCACCGAAACAGCAUCAGGCCCCCUCAUAAAAGAGAUUUUACAGUCCUGUCUGAGGAAGAACAAUUGUGAGAUAGAUGAAUCUGUUGUGUCAGAUAUGGUGACAGAGCUUUGUGAGGCCAACCCCUUUACCUCCACCUUGUGUAGUGGUGGUUCACUUUCUUCUGCCUACAAGAGAAGGGCAUAUUUUAGGGAGCAGUUUGCUGUAGUGGAACCAGUGGAGUAUGCACUUAGUAGGGAGGAAGACAGAAGCUUCCAGUAUGUUCCUAUUCUGAAGUCAUUGCUUCAGGCUAUGACACGGAAAGAGAUCCAGGAUUUGAUCUUGCAUGAUGAAAAACCUCAAGGUAAAGAUGGAACACAGUACAGGGCAUUUUGUGAUGGCAUUUAUUAUAAAACAAAUGAGUUGUUUUCUGGAGAAGAUCCUACCAUUGCUAUUAUUCUGUAUAUUGAUGACUUUGAAAUAUGCAAUCCCUUGGGUACGUCAAGGAAAAAACACAAAGUCACUGCUGUGUACUGGGUGAUAGCUGAUAUUCCUGCACAGCUCAGAUCUUCACUGACCUCCAUCUUCUUAGCAAUUCUCUGCAAGGCUGAUGAUGUGAAAAGAUUUGGUUACAGUACUGUACUGGAGCCACUGCUGAAAGACCUUGUGAGCUUGGAGGAGGAGGGCCUGUAUGUCCCAGCAUUAGGCAGAAAAGUUAAAGGAACAGUGUUUAGUAUUGUUGCAGAUAAUCUUGGAGCCCAUUCUGUGGGAGGAUUUGUAGAAAACUUCUGCAGUUCUUACUUUUGUAGAUUUUGUCUGGCUGAGCAGUCAGAGUUUCAGGUGUCAGAAGUAAGAACAGGCGCAUUUCAACCCAGAAUCACAGAACAGCAUGAAAUGCACAUCCAGAAUGUGCAGGAGAACCCUGCUUUGACACAUGUAUGUGGAGUCAAGAGACAGUGUGCACUUACAGAGAAUCUGAAGUACUUCAAUGUUUUGACAGGAUACCCACCUGAUUUGUUGCACGAUCUGUUUGAAGGUAUAGUCCCUCGUGAGCUGGCUCUGUGUCUUCAAGUGUUCAUUAAGAGUAAAUACUUCACUCUUGAUGAACUCAACAAAAACAUCAAAACAUUCCCCUACAAAUGGUCAGACAAGACUGAUGCUCCACAACAGGUGUCUCUGAAUUUUGCAGCAAAGAAAAGUGUUGGAGGGAAUGCCCAUGAAAACUGGUCAUUGCUGCGGUUCCUACCCCUCAUAAUUGGAUCAAAAAUCCCUGAGGGUGAACCAGCUUGGGAAGUACUUCUAGUACUGAAGGACAUAGCUGAGCUUGUUGUAAGUCAUGUUCACACAGAGGAGAGUAUCUGUUACCUAGACAGCAAGAUCUCUGAACACAGACACAGGUUUCUCCAGGUUUUCCCACAUGAAAAAUUAAUCCCCAAACAUCACUACCUGGAGCAUUAUCCACAGCUGAUCAGGGCCUAUGGUCCACUUGUGUUGCUUUGGACCAUGCGGUUUGAGGCCAAACACAGCUUUUUUAAGCGUGUUGUUAGGCACACUCACAGCUUUCGAAAUAUUCUACUGUCACUGUCCAUGAAACAUCAGUUGAUGAUGGCAUACAACCAGCAUGAUCCCAGUGCUGUGAAAACCUGUCUUGCAGGCUACACAACUGUCUACUGUAGAUGUUACUGUGCUAAGAGAAGACAUCAAGGAAGCACUGCAUGCUAAAUUUGCUGGUGAAACACGCAUUCAGAUAGCCAACAAUGUAUGUUAUAGCGGCACAAAGUAUGCAGUUGGCAUGAUUUUGGCUAAUGGCUCGACAGGUGGUGUGACAGAUUUUGGAGAGUUGAUCCAAAUAGUUGUUUUGAAGGGCAUGCUUGUAUUCAUUGUUAAAUGCUUAAGUGCUUGGUCAAUUGAGCAUCUCAGGAGCUAUGUUCUUGAGAAAACACACACUGUGAAAGUGCUAGAGCCAUCAGAGCUGUCUGAUAUCUUCCCCUUAACACCUUACAUGCUUGGUGGAAAAAGCAUUGUAACCCUGAAACGUUACAUUUAUGUCCCAUAGAAUGCCAACAUAGCCUUGACUUGUCAAAUUUGGAAGUCAACAAAAGUCCAGAACAAAAAGACAGUAACAGGGUUUUCUCAUUUGCAACUUUUAUAUGAUGAUCAGCCUGACAUUACAUUAAGAUGUGGGUACAAGAUGCAAAUAAAGUGCAAGAACAUAGUAUGUUAUUGUUGUUGUUGACGUUGUUAUAAUGUAGUCUUCAUGUUUUCAUUUAAAACAGAUUGAGAAAAAUUAGAAGGAAUAGAGUUUGGUGUUGGCCUGGUAUUUUGUGAAGCCUACUCUGUGGGAAACGCUAUUGUGCAUUUUUUACUUACCUUCAUUGUUAUGGUGCUCAUUGAAACAUUUUAAACCUUUUUUUUUAUUAUUACAGAUGUCACAACCAGCCCAUCUACGAGUGAUUCUUUCAGAACAUGAUGUCAAGAAACUGGCAUUACCAUCUGGAAUCCCUGGAACAGUUGAGGAACUUCAUUCAGUUGUUCAAGAUACAUUUAGGAUUUCUGGGGAUUUCUGUUUGCAUUACAAGGAUGCUGAUUUUGGUAAUGAGUUUUUCUCCUUGCUUUCAACAACUGACAUUAAGGAUAAGGACACUAUCAAGGUGAUCUAUAUCCAGGAACCUCCUACAGUAACUCUGACCUUAACAGAUGUAGACAGAUCCUUUACAAGCCUUGCUGAUGAUCCUCUUCAAUUUUCUGAUGAUGCCUGCUCAUCUGCAUUGUCACAUGACACAUUGCCUGUCUCUUCAGAAUUAGAGACAGAAAUACCAGUCCAGCGAUCAAAUGGAUGGCCCAUAGAAUUUCCAAUCCCUCGUUUCUCUACCAGUACGGAGAUUCUGCUGCAGUCCGGCAAUCAAAACUUCAUUUGUUCUGGGACUGUUUUUGGUACUAAAGAUCUCAUCACACUACUUCCAGACAUCCUUGGAAGUUUAGCUGAGGCUAUUUUUGAGUACACUGCUUAUCCAUCAAGUGCACAACUAAGUCAAGUAGCAGAGACCUUGACUAAAAAACAUCCCUGCCUCAAAGAACCAGGUUCUUUUCAUGGAUGUUAUGGAUGGAUUCAGCGCCUCAAAUAUAAAAUGAACAACUUCAGAUCCAAACUUCGAGGUACUGGCUGCCCCGAAAUUGUGGUGAACUCACUCAAGAGGAAACCAGCACAUGAGCAGGCUCCUGCUAAAAAUGUUAAAAAGCCUAAAAAGGCUGAAGUAAAUUACCUACCUCCACAUCCUCAAGGGGAAACAAGUGGAAGUUUGGAGAAGGAAAGAGUGGACCUCUUGUGUGAAGUGACGAAAAGGGAUAAUUGCCAGGUGAUUGCAGGGAAAAUGGGUAAGACAUUCUCUCUUCGCAGGCAAGAAAUCGUAUAUGAGGCACCCGCUAUCAGGAACUUCAUGGAGCGUUGGCCUGCAUUAUUUGAUGCGACACAGGUACCAAAAAUUUUUCUCUUACAUUUCAUACAUAAUACACUCAUAUGACUCCCCAUAUGUUCUAUAUUUGAUUUUCUGAUUACAAUCUUAAUCCUAAUGCACAAAGUAAAAAAAUAAACAUUCUCAUACACAAAUAUUUUUGAAUGCAACAGUAAAUAAGCAGAAACAUGACUCAAACAGUACAGAAUAAAAUUUAAAAAAAUUAAAUGAUGAAUGUGAUGGAUUAUCAGUUUAAAGCAAGUUUAUCUUAAAUGCUUUAAAAACAACAGGUUUCUUUUAAAGAUAAUUUUGGUGAAGUCUGACAUUUGCUUGGAAUAAUGGUUGCAGUUUCCUAUAACAGAGUAUUUAACUGGUCCAGCUUUUCACAAGUGACUCAUUUAAAGAGUAUGGGGAAAAAAACAAUCAGUAAUAGUGGGCCAUUUUGAUGUUGUCCAUUUUACUAUUGUGGUUCAUACAGAUUUAGUUGUUCCUCUUUAACUAAUGUAUUAGAACAUUCAUUAAUGCAAUAUAGCUAAUUUUCUGCAAGGAUUAAUUCUUCUGUUUGUGUCAUCUACAGAUAAAGGAAGAGUUCAAGAGAAUAACCACUGUAAGCCUGGAAUCCACGUUUAUGGCUAAACUUGACCAUUGCACCCCAAAACUGAUGGAUGUCGUUUCAUCAAGGGGAGGAGCUAAAGGAGUGAGAAUCAGGCAGAUCAAGGACAUGCUUCUUGAGCACAAUACAAUUGAAAUGCGCAGAGAAGUAGCCAUCCGCUGCCUUAUCACAUACCUUGGAGAGAAGGAAGAAGACCUUUUUCUUGGAGUUUGGUGACACAGAAGAAUUUGAGGCCAACCUAGAAAGGCAGGUGAUGAAAAUUGCCAUCAUCGGUGACCGGUAUACCCCUGGAUCUGACCACAAGACUGCAACCAUUGUGGUAGAAGGAACAAAAAUCCUGGAGGGCCCGGAUAUCCCAAGUUGCUGUGCGUUACUCAUGGGCAUAAUAUAUGCUCUCAAUCUGAGCUAUUGCAAGGAACUGAAAUAUACUUUCGAAGUCUUUCAGAAGCUGUUGCUUGAUCUUGAUGGACUGCGAGCCAGUGCAAAAGUAACAAGUCUCAAGAACAGUAUGUUCUAAAGAUGUCACUUGUUUUGAGCACUAAGAAAUUUUAUUCAGAUUGUGUUGCUUUGUAUUUGGAAGUCCACUGGGAAAAAAUGAUAGUGUUGAUAAAAAAUAGAAGACACUAAUUGUUUUCUAUCUAGUUAUUUUUGAUAUUAUAUUCAAGAAAUGUGUCUUGACAGUUGUUGUACUACCCUGUCCUUAACACUUAUCCUGCAUUUAAUCCUCAAAGAGAUGUGCUGAUGAAUGAACCAGCAUUAUGUUAAACAUGUUGACUCUGUUUCAAAAAUUGUUAACCAUUUUGAGUCCUGUAUGUGUAAAAUUAAUCUUAAAUGUGUUUACUGCAUAAAGGUUUGAACACUGAAAGUUAACAUUUACUGAACACUUAGUACAAAUGUUUUCUAAGUGGAUUUCUGGUUUAUUUUCACUGUUUAAAUAUAAGGUGUUGAAUUGCCUAAAGUAAAAUAUAAAUUGUACAAACUGUACAAACAAUAA